AUGUCCUCCAACCGACGUCGUGCUCACGGCGGCGGUAGAGGCAGCCGCCAGAAGGAACAUUCCUCCAGACAGCGAACUGCGGCGGAGCAGAGAACUCCCUCGCUCAUCAGCGGUAUACCUUUCUCCGAGCUCGAUAUUGGAGUUCAGAAGAAGAGAAGACAGACUGGUCUGCCCGGCCCGGCUGGCCGAGGCUGGCCGCGGAGUCUGCUGAGUGGCUUGUCGGGCGGAGAUCGCUCAGGGCCGGGCCAGAGGCGAUGCUCAGGGCGGGGCCAGAAGCGGAGCCCGGUGCCGGUUCCGCCCUCCGACAGCACUCUGAGCAGCCAGUACGACCGGCCGGUGGGCCGACACGAGUUCACCGAGUACGUGCAGACGCACCUGCCGGCGCUGGCGCGGCCGGACCUGUUUGACAUGGUGGACGUCUCCGGGAGAGGCCGCGUCAGCUGGCUGGACAUGCUGGACUAUCUGCUGGUGCACACGUGUCCCCAGAAGGAGCCGCUGGAGGCGCCCUUCAAAGACGACAUGGUCACCAGGCUUCUGAAGGAGAAUAGGAGGGCGACCACGGUACGUCUGCUGGUGGUAACGGAGCCGGUGCACACCUACCUCUCGGUCACAGUCACCGGCGCAGUGGCCAUGUAUGACGCCCAGUUGGAGUUCCAGCGCGGCUACCAGCUGCCCCUCGGCGCCACAGGCGCACGCUCCGCCGGUUCGAGUCCGUGUGUCCGUGUGACUGACGCCGCUCACAUGGCCAACUCGAUGCACUUUGUCUUCUCCACCUCCGACCGGUCGCUGCACUUCUACGACGCUUCAGCUACGGUGCACCUACCAGAGUAUCAGCUGACCGGCCUGCCUGACGCCGUCACCUGCAUGGUGGCCCACCACGACUCCGACCGGGAGGAAGCGCCAUCUUUACUCAUCCUUGGUGACGACGGUGGCGACAUCUAUAUCUUGCGCUUUCUCCGGCCAACUUCGUCGCUAUUCAAAAAACUGGUGAUCGACCGAAAGCAGGUUAUGGUUUGGCAGGAGAUGUCCGAACACUCGGGUCACGUGCAGCUGGUGACGCUGAGGUCACGACACACCAGUCCUGUGACCUCGAUCGGUUUCUGCGCCAAAAACCAGACCGUCAUCUCGUCAGCGGAGGACGAUGUCUCCUCCGUUAUCAUGCAGCAGCUCAACUCCCGGUGGAAGGACUACGUGUUCGCCGUUCCCAAGGGUGUGCGCGUGCUGGACUUUUCGUGGCGCCGCCAGCUGCUGGUGACCGGUGGGGAGGACCGACUGGUGCGCCUGUGGAACCCCGUGGUGACCGCCCGCCCGGUGGCAACACUCACCGGUCAUUACAGUCGCAUUGUGGACGUGGCCAUGCACGAGUUUCAGGCGGCAGUGAUCAGCGUGGACAUGGACGCCGUGGUGAACGUCUGGGACGCUGACGAGCACGUGCUGCUGCAGUCGAUCCUGCUGGCCUGGCCGCCCGAGCGCCGCCUGCUGCAGGCAGAGUUCGGCACGCGCUCCAUCGUCACCAGUACGCCGCACCACCGCUCCGUGCUGGUGCUCUCCAGUGACGUGGUGAACCAGCUGCUGGUGCGGCAGCCCUGCCGACGUCGCCCUCCUGACGGACCCGGCGCCAGCCGUCAGCAGGAGCGGCCCGGCUCUCGUCUAUCGGCCGCCUCCGGGGACCCACGCAGCCGGCGCGCCAGUCGGCGAUCCUCGGCGGCUGUUCCGAGACGCUCUGCCGCCGCCGCCGCCGCUGAGACCGCCGUCAGAGCAGUAGGGGCACUGAAGAGCCCCCGACCGUCGUCACCACCGUCACCACAACCAGCACCACCGUCACCACAGGCCAGUUCCAGCCCGGAGGAGCAGGAGAGGAGCGAACAGGAGGAUCGCGCGGCCAUCGAGAGCUACCUCCGCGCCAUGGCCGAGGCAGAACCGACCUACUUCGAGGUGAGCAUACCGGCGAUUCCGCGGCCGGCUCGCAACAGCCUGGUGACAAACCGACUGCUGGGGCGGCAGCAGGACGCCACGCAGCUGGUGCGCGACUGCACGCCGUUCAAGGCGCUGCGGCUGCACCCGCUGGCGCCGCUGCCACAGUCCGCCGGACUGAUCGUGUCAACGCGUAUGCGCCGCCUCGGUCUGCUGUGUAACUCGCUGGAGGAGGUGCUGGAGAUGAAGCUGCCGACGGGGCGGCCCGGCGCGAGCGUCAGCGGUAGCGGUAGUGGAGCACACUCCAAGUCCUCGAGCCUGUCUUCGUCAGUGUUGACGUUACAGAGACAGAAACAGCGCCGUCGGGACAUUAGCCGCGCCAGUCUGUCGGGAGUUAGUGAGGGCUCCUCGCUGACGGUCGGCUCCAUCCACUCCUCCUAGACAGUGAGAGAGAAGGAGAGAGAGAGCGAGAGAGAGAGAGAGAGAGAGGGAGAGGGAAAGAGAGAGAGAGAGAGGGAGAUAGAGAGAGAGAGAGGGAGAGGGAGAGAGAGGGAGAUAGAGAGAGAAAGGGAGAGCUGACUUGUACUCUUAUUUCUAGACGGCAGACGAGUUUCACCAACUUGGUAGCGAUGAAUACCAAUCGACAGAAAAUUGCUUCUGGGAUUCGAAUGUAUUAUUUUGUGUAGUCAAGAAAUGGAUAAAUGUGAGCGUGUCAGUGGACUGCCCACACCGAACAUGCAUUUUGUGCUGUCGACACCUGAUGUCUGGUUGUGGUGUCGAUAUGUGACCGAUAUACAUUGUCGCCUGUCUGGGCAAUAUCAGCAGGCAGGGGAGGGCAAGUUUUGCGCCGUGUGACCACGCACUGGGGAUAUUUGGUCAGAAUUUGUAGAAAAUACACAUGUGGCACGCCUCAAGGCUCACUAUAUUUGCAUUUGUUCUUGUGGUUACCUAUGAGCUGCAUCCUUUUAUCAACCGUAGGCUAAGCUGCUAUAUUUCCAUGAAUAUGACUGCAUAAGAGUACAUGUUAUUAUAUGAAUCACGAGUCAGAAGAAGAUACGUGUGCAAACGGCGCAGCCCUACGCACGCGCCGUUAUCAAUGUGAAUGACAACUGCAGUUGAAAGGCCAGCAGCUUAGGCAU